CAGAGACAAUCUCUAUUUGAGAACCAUCCCUUGCACUACAAGGGCUCCCAGAGAUGGGGAGGUCCCUGGGGUAGACUAUAAUUUCAUUCCUGUUGAGCAGUUUAAAGCGUUGGAAGAAAGUGGAGCCUUACUAGAAAGUGGAACAUAUGAUGGUAAUUUUUAUGGUACUCCAAAGCCUCCAGCAGAGCCCAGCCCCUUUCAGCCUGAUCCAGUGGAUCAAGUUCUUUUUGACAAUGAUUUUGAUACUGAAUCGCAGAGGAAAAGAACCACAUCCGUCAGCAAAAUGCAAAGGAUGGAAAGUUCUCUCCCUGAGGAGGAGGAAGAGGAAGAAAAGGAAGCAGUUAAUGGCAGUGGAGGGAUAGAAAACAAAGAAAAACAUUCAGAUUCUCCUGACUGGAUGAAACCUGUUCCCAGCUACAACCAGACAAGCAGCAACAUGGACUUCAGAAAUUAUUUGUCAAGGGAUGAGACCCUGGAACCACUACCCAAGAACUGGGAAAUGGCCUACACAGAUACUGGCAUGAUCUACUUCAUUGAUCACAACACCAAGACAACGACAUGGCUUGAUCCCCGACUCUGUAAGAAGGCCAAAGCUCCUGAAGAUUGUGAAGAUGGAGAACUUCCUUAUGGAUGGGAGAAAAUAGAAGACCCUCAAUAUGGGACAUAUUACGUUGAUCAUAUUAACCAGAAAACUCAGUUUGAAAACCCAGUAUUGGAAGCCAAAAGGAAAAAACAGCUAGGACAGACUGAUGCUGGCCCUUCCAAAUCAGGACCGGGAAGGUCUCUCUUCACUCGAGAUCCAUCCCAGCUUACUGGAGCACUCAUAAGGACAUCCCUGAAAAAAAGUACUAUGGGAUUUGGCUUCACAAUCAUUGGAGGGGACAGGCCUGAUGAGUUUCUUCAGGUGAAGAACGUGUUACAAGAUGGACCCGCUGCGCAAGAUGGAAGAAUUGCUCCAGGUGACGUCAUCGUGGACAUAAAUGGAAGCUGUGUCCUUGGCCAUACCCAUGCAGAUGUUGUCCAGAUGUUUCAGCUCAUUCCCAUCAAUCAGUAUGUGAACAUGACUUUGUGUCGUGGGUACCCUCUUCCUGAUGACAAUGAAGACCCCGUGGUGGAUAUAGUGACAGCCACACCUGUCAUUAAUGGUCUGCCGGUGGCCAAGGGAGAUGCUUCCGUGUCCAGCCAAGAUUUAGUAGCAGCAACAGUCAUGUUGGACCAGAAUGGGAAAGUGUUGGUCAACGGUCGCCUGAACGGCCCUUCUGUGGAUUCAGCAGAGCAAAGGGUCUCCUUUGCCUCCUCAGGAGGCUCUCAGCCAGAGCUGGUCACCAUCCCUCUGAUCAAAGGGCCUAAAGGCUUUGGGUUUGCCAUUGCAGACAGUCCCACAGGCCAGAAGGUGAAGAUGAUUUUGGACAGCCAGUGGUGCCAAGGCCUACAGAAAGGGGAUGUCAUCAAGGAGAUUUGCCAUCAGAAUGUGCAGAGCUUGACCCACUUGCAGGUGGUGGAGGUGCUCAAGCAGUUUCCAGUCGGAGCAGAGGUGCCUCUGCUUAUCUUAAGAGGAGGUCCACCCUCCCCUACUAAAGCUGCCAAAGGAGACAGGCAGGACAGUUCCGGGAGUUUGGAAGCUGUCAGCGAUACCAUUCCGCAGCCGAUGCCCUUCCCGCCCUCUGCUGUGCGACCAGGCUCUCCUAAACUGGACCCGUCUGAAGUCUACCUGAAGUCUAAGACAAUUUACGAGGACAAACCUCCAAACACAAGAGAUUUAGAUGUUUUCCUGAGAAAACAAGAGUCAGGCUUUGGUUUCCGGGUGCUUGGUGGGGACGGACCAGAUCAGCCUAUUUAUAUUGGAGCCAUAAUCCCAUUGGGAGCAGCGGAAAAGGACGGGAGGCUGCGUGCAGCGGAUGAGCUGAUGUGCAUUGAUGGAGUCCCUGUGAAAGGGAAGUCACACAAGCAAGUUCUGGAUUUAAUGACCAGUGCUGCACGAAACGGGCAGGUGCUGCUCACUGUCCGGAGGAAGAUCUUCUUCAGUGGGGAAAAGCAGGCAGAGGAGGAGGAGCCGCAGCCUGUCCUGACACAGAACGGCUCUCCUCGGCUGAACCGUGUCGACUUUGCCAACCAGCCAUGCCCGGAGGUGUACGACGUCCGUCUGCAGCGAAAGGAGAACGAAGGAUUUGGCUUUGUUAUCCUCACCUCCAAGACCAAACCUCCUCCUGGGGUGAUUCCUCACAAGAUCGGGCGGGUUAUCGAGGGAAGCCCGGCUGACCAGUGUGGGAAGCUGAAGGUGGGUGAUAGAAUCUCAGCGGUAAACAGCCAGUCCAUUGUGGAGCUCUCCCAUGACAGCAUUGUGCAACUCAUCAAAGAUGCAGGCAACGUGGUGACCCUCACAGUGGUGGCUGAGGAAGAGCAACGUGGUCCUCCAUCAGGAACAAACUCAGCCAGGCAGAGCCCAGCUCCACAGCACCGACCACUGGGAUUGGCACCGAUCAACCCUGACAGGGGAGCUACAGAAGGUGAACCUGGAAAAGAAGUUUCUAAUAGUUACCGGCUGUCCUGGCCUGAGCACAAGCACAUGGCACAGUUGGAUGCUGCUUCAGGUGUUGGCAGCCGUCAUUCCCAGAAUGCUGGCUGUUUCCCAGUGGAGUUGGAAAGGGGCCCUCGAGGGUUUGGAUUCAGCCUCCGAGGAGGAAAGGAAUACAACAUGGGCUUAUUCAUCCUCCGUCUGGCUGAGGAUGGGCCGGCAGUCAAGGAUGGGAGAGUCCACGUUGGUGACCAAAUUGUGGAAAUUAAUGGAGAGCCUACCCAAGGAAUCACUCACACACGAGCCAUUGAGCUGAUUCAGGCUGGAGGAAAUAAAGUUUUGCUGCUGCUGAGACCAGGGACUGGACUGAUACCAGAUCACAGUUUGGCUCCUUCCAGUCUGUGUCCCUACGUGAAACCUGAGCAACAUUAAGGGCUUUCAGUGCUUUUCUUGGUUUUUCCUUAAAGACUUGGUGAUUGGGAUAGCUACAAUCCUGCUUCAUCAAAUGUAAUAUAUGAAGAACAGUCACCAUUAUUAUCUUCAUCUUCCCAUUCUGCUUUCCCAUCUGAAAUGUGUUAUUUAGCAGUACCAGGAGAAGCUUCAACCAGAGUUCAGCUGUCUGAGGAACUGGAACAAGCAGAACUCACUGUGCCUGACAAGAUAAGCACUUUAACUGAAAACCUGUGUGAGAGGAAGCCUCAGUCUUCUCCCCAGAGAACAAAGAACAGAUGGGAAUGUCCCUCGAGUCCUGGGUUUGGAAUCAC